AUGUCGAACCGCACCCCACAAAAUGUGCUGAGGCAAAUGCAGCGCAUGUUCCAGCAGAUGCAGGCCAAUGCGAACCGCGCGACGUCGCAAGGCGGCUCGAACUUCUCGGGCGGUGGCGGCAGCGGCGGUGGCGGUCCUGUGAACCCGUUGCUGGGCGGCGCAGGUCUCGUGGCGCUCUUUGGCCUGGCGAUCGGUGUGAACGCGUCGUUGUUUAACGUUGACGGUGGUCACCGUGCGAUCAAGUACUCGCGUCUGUAUGGUGUGUGCCCUACCAUCUACAAUGAAGGUACGCACUUUAUGAUCCCAUGGCUCGAGACGCCGAUCGAUUAUGAUGUGCGUGCGAAGCCGCGCAGCAUUGCCAGCUUGACAGGUACCAAAGAUUUGCAGAUGGUCUCGCUGACGUGCCGUGUGCUCUCGCGCCCCAGCGUCGAAAACCUGCCGACGAUUUACCGUGAGCUUGGCUCGGACUAUGACGAGCGUGUGCUGCCCAGCAUUGUGAACGAGGUACUCAAGUCGGUGGUGGCGCAGUUCAAUGCGUCGCAGCUCAUUACCCAGCGUGAGAUGGUCUCGCGUCUGGUGCGUGACAACCUGACGCUGCGCGCUCGCCGCUUCAACAUUAUUCUGGACGAUGUCUCGCUGACGCACAUCUCCUUCUCGCCGGAGUUCACGCAUGCCGUGGAGGCCAAGCAGAUUACACAGCAGGCAGCUCUGCGUGCUGCUUUCCAGGUCGAUCAGGCGCUGCAGGAGAAGCAGGCGAUCAUUGUCAAGUCGGCCGGUGAGGCUCGCUCGGCGGAGCUGAUUGGUGACGCUGUGCGCAAGAACAAGGGCUUCUUGGAGCUGAAGAAGCUUGAAGCUGCGAAGGACAUUGCCGCGACGCUCUCCGGCUCGAACAACCGUGUGAUGCUCGAUGCACAGAGCUUGCUGCUGGACGUCUCGAAGGACUCGACCGCCCGCCGUGUGUAG